AUGAGUAGACAUAUAUUAGAUGAUCUUCUUCAAGAUUUAAACAUUGACAAUGACAAUAAAAGCUCAACACAUGCAAAAAAUCAAUGGUCUAGUGCUAAUGCUAAUGAUGAUGAUGAUUGGCUUCUUACUCCAAGAGAUACAAAAAAAUCAACAACAAAUACUGUUACAAAACGACAAGAUGAUGAUGAUUUUGAUGCAGAUGAUAAAUGGAAUCGAACUGGUGAUUCAAAUAUUUCCUAUACACCAAAUUUUGGUGGUACCAUGACUAAUACAUUUACUGGUAAGUUUCGUUCUAAUAAAAGAUUGAAUUUAACAAUAUAUAUUAAUACAAAAAUCUGAAAUUCUCGUUCAUGAUUGAAAAAACGAAUCCUAUGAAAUUUUUGAUAUUAGUCCUGAUCGAGUUUUGAUUCUUAUAACAUAAUUUUAUUCAGAUAUUAUUUCUAAUAAUUAAUACAAAGAUGUAAGUAUAAUUCAGGUUUCAUUCUUAACUUGAACGAUGAAUUGCAUAUUUCGAUGAUUAUUACAUAAGUAUAACUAGUAAGAAUCUGUAAAUUUAGUAAUACUUU